AUGCAAACGGGGAUUCCAAAGUCUGAAGACGAAGAGCCAAUUACCACCAAAAACCUUACACCUCGGGAAGAAAUAUCCAGAUUUCCAAUACGAAAGAGUGCUGUCUAUGCCCCGAAGAACGCUGCGAUUUUUAUCCUCCCCAAUGACAUCUUAGACUGUAUUUUUGCCUACCUUCCAAAAUCUUCGGUUGUAGCAUACACUCUUACUUCUCUCAAAUUGAAGAAUUCCCUCGGUCCAGAACACUGGACUAAAAUCGUUGACGUCGUCAAGAAUUCUCCGAAGGAAACUACUGAUCUACUUGAUCUCCUGUGCAAGGACUACGAGCAAUACAUCCCGUGUCACACAUGUCUGAAGCUGCAUGAACCAUCUGCCUCGACGACAGCCAGGAAAUGUUGGGAGCAUGAUAAGAAAUUUGGAGUGGAGUCAUAUAUUCACGCGCAAUUCCGUUUUAGUGAAAUGCAAAUGGCUGCGAAGUUAUAUAACGAAGGCAAAUACGAAUCUUCACAACUUCAGCUACGUUCGAUAGGCAGAACAGGAGAUCAGUUGAUUAACUACCAUCGCCAUCAACCAAAUGACCCUUGCAUCACUCAUGAAUUUCGCAUGAACUCACAGGCCCGAAUCAUUUACCGUUCUCAGCACGUGUACUUGCUUCCUCAUAACCUUCUAGAUUCCUUAAACGUUUCCAUUUAUCCAGGUUAUUUUAUUAGACUACUCUAUGACCAUCACCGAACUUAUGACUGCGAACAAUGGUUGGAUCCCAUUUUUAUAUGCGGGCACAUGGGACCUCUCUGUGGAGGUAGAAACUGGGCAGAGCUAUUGUCCUUCGGCAUGCAAUGGGAGUGCCCAAUUUGUGGGACAGAAUUUCAUGCCAAUCUCGUCGGUUAUGGGGGUGAAGGAUUAGCAUUUGUGGCUACGAAAUGGAUGGACUUAGGGAGAGGGUUGAAUCAGGGUCAAGAAUGGUAA